AUGUCUAGCUACGAAGAAAAUAUUCGAUUUUUGUUAAUAAAUAAACCCGACAUCACUCAAAAAACUAAUCUUUAUAAAUCAAAAUAUCCUGGAAAUUUACCACCAACAUAUUCAACAUUUGGAUUUCCUAUUGGUACACUAAAUAAGAUUAAAAACCCAGCAGGUAAAUUUGAAGUCAAGCAAAGAUGCUUUCAAGGAAAUUCAAAAAAUGCGAUGGGACCAGCUAAAGGUGAUGUUAAAAAGACAAUUGAUCCAAAAAAUUUUCUCAAAAAAGGAGAGAGGAUAAAAAAAAGUGAAGAACAAGCGAAAUCAUAGCAUAAUAAAAGAUCUGAAAACAAAGAUUGA